GGAAAUAAUGAUCGUAGUUUCCUCAUUAGGACUGAUUGCUUCUUGGCUUAUAUAAGCAGGGAGACAACUACAACAUGGUCAUCUGCAGUCUCUUGUGUUAGCACCAGAUCUUCUAAAAGCUAAGGUCAACUUUUCUCAACCCUUUGGAUAACCAACAACUGAAACCAUGACAAAAAUGAACGGACAAGUGACCUUAGCAAUUCUUGUCGUCUGCUGGUUGGGUGCAGCAGUAGCUGACGAGGACGGAUCUCGUCUGUCUCCCCCCAGGCCAGCCAUUUCAUGUGUUGACCAAUAUUCACGUGACGCAUGUCUGAGACGUCCAAACGGCGACUACCCACUCUGCAGCCAUUGUCAGUAUGGCUACUACGCCACCUGCUCUAACGAAAUUCUUUAUCUGAGACCCUGUCCCGAUGCCUACUACAACGGUAACCGUUUUGUGGCCAAGAUGGUGUUUAACGUCUACACGAGAGACUGUCAGAAAUAUGCGCCAAAUUGCCCCAGAUACUGAUCCACCCACACACAUUCGCACACAAAAAAAAAUA